UUUUUCCAUUUAUUAGGGCAAACAAAUUCAGUCACCAUGAGUUGGAGCUUUCUGACUCGCUUGCUAGAGGAGAUCCACAAUCAUUCCACAUUUGUGGGGAAGAUCUGGCUUACUGUGUUGAUUGUCUUUCGGAUUGUCCUUACAGCUGUAGGAGGAGAGUCCAUCUAUUAUGAUGAACAGAGCAAAUUUGUGUGCAACACAGAGCAGCCAGGCUGCGAGAAUGUCUGCUAUGAUGCUUUUGCACCCCUCUCCCAUGUGCGCUUUUGGGUAUUCCAGAUCAUCCUGGUGGCAACUCCCUCAGUGAUGUACCUGGGCUACGCCAUUCAUAAGAUAGCUAAAAUGGAGCAUGGUGAAGCAGACAAGAAGACAGUUCGGAGCAAACCCUAUGCAAUGCGUUGGAAACAACACCGAGCUCUAGAAGAAACAGAAGAGGACCAUGAAGAGGACCCCAUGAUGUAUCCAGAAAUGGAAUUAGAAAGUGAAAAAGAAAAUAAAGACCAGAAUCAGCCUAAACCCAAGCAUGAUGGCAGACAGCGGAUUCGGGAGGAUGGACUCAUGAAAAUCUAUGUGCUGCAGUUACUGGCAAGGACCGUAUUUGAGGUGGGUUUUCUGAUUGGUCAGUAUUUUCUAUAUGGCUUCCAAGUCCACCCAUUUUAUGUAUGCAGCAGACUUCCUUGCCCUCAUAAGAUAGACUGCUUUAUUUCUAGACCCACUGAAAAGACCAUCUUCCUACUGAUAAUGUAUGGUGUUACAGGCCUUUGCCUAUUGCUAAAUAUUUGGGAGAUGCUCCAUUUAGGGUUUGGGACCAUUCGAGACUCACUCAAUAGUAAAAGGAGGGAACUAGAAGAUCCGGGUGCUUAUAAUUAUCCUUUCACUUGGAAUACACCAUCUGCUCCCCCUGGCUAUAACAUUGCCGUCAAACCAGAUCAAAUUCAGUACACUGAACUGUCCAAUGCUAAGAUUGCCUACAAGCAAAACAAGGCCAACAUUGCCCAGGAACAACAGUAUGGCAGCCAUGAGGAGAACCUCCCAGCUGACCUGGAGACUCUACAGCAAGAGAUCAGAAUGGCUCAGGAACGCCUGGAUUUAGCAAUUCAGGCCUACAACCACCAAAACAACCCCCAUGCUCCCCAGGGGAAAAAAGCCAAAGUUGGUUCCAAAGCUGGGUCCAACAAAAGCAGUGCUAGUAGCAAAUCAGGGGAUGGGAAGACCUCCGUCUGGAUUUAAUCUUGGCCAGGCUUAAAACUUGUGCUUUUCAUAGUUUAUGGUAAGCAACGGCUCACUGAAUAAUGACUUCCAUUGAGUAAACAUUUGGCUCUGGUUAUCUUCAGGGAUGCUGUUGGCUCAUGAUCCAAGCUCAGGGGACUCUGAAGAUGGGGCUGGAACAAAGGGGAGAGAAAGGGAAACACAGUGUUCCUCCUCAUAUGUUCCAUCAUAAUACAAUUGCAGAACUUUACAUUUGUGUCUUCCAGAUCUGGAAAAGAACAGAUAUAUUUAAAUCAUUCUUGUUGAACAGUUUUUGUAUGUACAGUAUUAUGGUACCUUUUUUUUUUUAGUAUGAAAACUUUGUUUUUGUAUUUGUAUAUUGGACCACUGUAGUUACACUUUUAUAUUAAAGGGGGAAAAUCCUUAUAGGUAACGCCUAUCAGGCUAACGUUAUUACUUCGCUCAUCAAAUUACAGCCUGGGUUUAAUGUUUUAAUAGAUAACUAUACUUAACAAAAGUGCCUCAUGUUGAAGGGAGGAUUUCAGGUAUGUAAGAAGACAAAGGAAAGGAUAUUAGCUUUUAAUUUUGGAAAGAGUAUACAGUAGAAUGAGGUUGAGAUCUUCACUACUUGAGAAAUUUUUUAAAGUCAUUCAUAUGCCCAGUGUUGUAUUCAGUCUUUGAAAACCAACUUACAUUUUCAACAGAGAAAAAUGAUUCACUGCAGAAUUUCUAUAAAUAUCAAGCAUUGCCAAUAUAUGCUUUAAUGAUGAUGUAUAUAUAUAUAAUUUAAGUUUUGUGUAAGGUGUUCCUGAAGGGUAUGGAGACCCUGACUGGAGUUGUACUAUUUAUUCCCUUAUCACAAUGCAAAUCCACACUUGGAAAAUGAGCUGAUAGGAUGUUUAAUUGUAGACCUGUUUGACUUGCUUUAAAGCUUUAUCCAGAAACCUGCUUUUCUCUGGUUUCUCAAGAAGCCAGUGAUGGAUGGAAAUACAAAAAUCCCCUUGUAGGCUAAGAAUUCUUUUUUAAAAAGAGAAAAAAAAAAAAAAAAAACACUACAGAUGGCAGAGACCUAAGUUCAAAUUCCAUAUUUUUCAAUAAUUUACCAUGGAACUUAUGUAACUCUGGCAAUGUAAUUUUUUUUACCUAGAAUGGCAGUCGGGUCUGUGAAUCUGUCUGUAAAUAGAUCUAGAAAGAAUUUCAGUAUUUACUCCCUACAUGCAUAUCUGUUUGUCACUGACAAGCACUAAUAUUCACAUAACACUCAUAACUUGGAGUAUUUUAUUUACCUUUUUCAGCCGUUUAUUUUAGAGAGCUUUCCUCUUCCUGUCAUUGUUAAACAUCAUUUCUUAUAAUUUGUGAGUUUCUAAGUAAGAACUUGGUAAAGAUUUAAAGGAAGGAGCCUUUACUUCAUAAAGGAGCAUUCAUUUCAUUUGGGAUGUUUCACUCUUAUAAAAGCUAUUAUAAACCAUCUCUGACUUUGAAAUUCCAUAAAUUUUUUCUAAUGUCUUGUUUUUAACAUUAAUUUUUUUUUUAUUUAGGUGAAUCUUAGAACAAUAUCCUUUUUCCCCUGUUGUUCUCCAUUGCAUUUCUCUGUCUCUGCCAUCAAAAAAGAAACUCAUUAGGAAAUGGAAACUUAUCUUCUAGGCAUACAUUUUACCUUUAUUUUGCUUUUUUUUAAUACUUAAUUUUAGUCUAGAGAAAUUUCUCAGAAUAUCUAAACAUCUUAAGCAAAACGAAAACUUGGAUGGGGCCAAAGGGAAAAUUUUGCAAAAUGAUAUGCAUGUGUAUAUUUAGGAUAAUUAAUAGACAAGUACAGUUUCAAUGAAACCAAGUAUUAAAUAAGGAAAUUCAUACAAUUAUUAUAAGAAACAGGCAAGAUUUUCAAAGCCUAAAUGAAACAAAGACAAAGAACUAGACAUUAUCAUUAGUGCUUCAAGCAUAUUUCUCAAUUGAAGGACAGAAAAUACACAUACACUCAUGUCCAUCUAUUCAGAGCCUAAAGGAGAACAGAGUUGCUUCGCCAGAGGAAAGGUUGCAGAUUUGAGAGUGUUGGAGAGAGGAGUCAAGCAGAAAUGCCAAGCAAAGACAUUUGGUGCCAGAAGCAUCCACUUAGUUUCUACAAAACAGUGCUCCUGGCAUUUAAUCUGAUGAGAAUGUUAUCUUUCAUGUCUGGAUAAUUCUUUGACUUCUUAAAAUAUAUGGAAAGAUAUUCCAAGUCACUUUCCAUGUGCACACAGUUGUAAAAGCUAUUUUUAUUCUCUUCCUAACUUUCUAUUAUCACAUGAACUUCCCAGCUCUGUUUUCUUGGUACAUUUCUUUCAGUUUUUGAACAUACAAGUUUGCCAAAGCCAUUUUUUCCUAAUGAUUUAUGGGCCUACAUAAAGAAAAUGAUACUAUCACCGUCUACCUAUAAUUGUGUCUACACUGAAUCUAUAAAAAUACUGUUCCAGGUAGUUGUAAAACGUGGUAGGUUUUUUAUUUUCCAUCAAAAGCUUAUUUUCUUGAAUUGUCAUAUAAAACAUGUUCUGUUAUAUAUGACACUUGUGGUUUUUUGUUUGUUUUUAAUCAGUAUUGCUCAGCUCUGGCUUAUGGUGGUGUGGGGAAUUGAACCUGGGACUUUAGAGCCUUAGACAUGAGAUUCUCUUUGCAUAACCAUUAUGCUAUCUACCCCCACCCACACUUGCUUCUCUAAAUAGAAGUUGUUUGCUCACUCCUUCAUAAUAGUAUAUUAUCAGCAGCAUGUUUAUGUUUCUUAGUAUAUUACUAGAUUUAGUCAGAUGUAGUAUAUUUAUUGGUCAUCUUUGUUAAAAUUUAUUAUCUGAAGAAAUUAUUUCAAAUUUGAGGAAAAGUUAGCAUUUUCCCUAGAGAAGUGUUAAUGUUCACCUUGUGGCUUUUGCUUUACUUAAUGACUUAGUUUUGCCUGUUUCGAUAUUUGUUCAUUUAACACCACAACUGUUGUUUCAUUUGAAGUUAUUUUUUGUGGGGAUUUUCCUUGACUAAUGUCUAUAAAAUUGCUUUUGAUGAAAAUCAACUUUGCCAGCUAAAAUGGUCCUCAUGUUAGGAUUCCCACAUAUCUGUAUGUUUUAGAAGGAUAGGUAGGAUAUAGAUCUAUCUUUAAGGAAAAAAGAAAUCAUCAUUAGGUGUUUUAAUUGUCAUUUCUUCAUGUUAUGAAAUUAGAAUGUUAUUACUUUUUGUUGUUGUUGUUACUUUUUUUUUUUUUUCUCUUUUAACCAGAGCACUGCUCAGCUCUGGCUGAUGGUGGGACAAGGGAUUGAACCUGGGACUUGGAAGCCUUAGGCAUGAGAGGUUUUUUUUGCACAACCAUAAUGCUAUUUUCCCUGCCCUGUAAUAUGAAAUUAGACAUAUCACUUUACUUUUCAAGUUUCAGGAGCCUUAUGAAGCAGUCAGAGCCUUGUAAAAGGUCUAAAAAGACCAACAGUUGUGUUAAUAUUGACCAUUUGUCUGAGUAUGGAGCUUAAAAAAAUAGCUGAGUGGGCUGAGUGGUGGUACACAUGGUUGAGUGCACAUAUUACAGUGCACAAGGACCCAGGUUCAAGCCCUGGUCCCCACCUGCAGGGGGAAAGCUUUGCAAGUGGUGAAGGAGUAUUGCAGGUGUCUCUCUGUCUCCCUUCCUCUCUAUCACCUCCUUCCCCCUCAAUUUCUGGCUGUCUCUAUCCAAUAAAUAACGAUAAUAAAAUUUUUUUAAUAGUUGAAAGAACUAUGUAACAAUAGUAAGAUGGCCUUCUUUAUCAUGGGAAUCAGUGAUUGUAAGCAGUUUGACUUGUAAGCAGUUUAAUAACAAGAAUGGACUUAAUGUUAUUCCCGUUAGGUCAUACCUGUGCUUUACUAGUUAAGCUUCUAAUUGUGAUCUAUGCUCUCUGUCUCAUUUCAGAGACAUUCCACACUUCUAAAACUAACAUCUGUAGUUUAUGAUACAUUUUUGGCUAGCCAGAUUUUUUUCCUGGCUAUAGAGAACAGUACUUGUAGUCAAGAUACACAAUUGCCAGUUACUUUGAUUAAAAAGUUUCCAGGUAAUACACUAAUUUUAUCUCUAGAAAAUCAUGUGAUCUGAUGAAGUAUCUUACUAUCUGAAAGGAAUAAAGCCCCUGCACCCAUGUGGUGUAGAGUUUGGAAAUUUAAAUUCAUCUAUAUGUAAUAAUCUGUAAUAAUUCAGUCACCAUCAAUACUAGAAUCAUCAGACUAAAUUGUAUACUUGUCACAUAUUCUGACCACAUAUCAUGGAGUUUUUUGUUUUUUUUUCCAAUUGUGAUCAUCCCUACUGUAGUUGUAUUGUUUUUAAUAAUGAUGCUCAUAGGCUUGGUUCAUGCACACUCCACAUUAAUCGAAUGUUUUAAAGAAGCAAUCCUCAUAGUAGCCCAAAAUCCAAGAGUUCAAACAAAAGUCCUUCUCUGUAAAAUCUCUUAAGAAAUAACAGAAGCAAGAGUUCUGAAUUUCAAGGUUGGCAUGUUGAAACAGCACACAUUUGAUUAUAUGUUUUCAAGAAUUGAAUUUUUAAAUUGUACUCUCAAUUGUGUUUUCUUUAAUAAAUCUUUUACAAAAAUCUCUACCUCAGGCACUAACUGUUAGAUAUGGUUAGCAUAUUGAUACUGAAAAACUUAGCUAGGACUUCCAACUUUUAAACCAGCAGUCUAAUGUCACAUGGUGUGCAGUCUGGAUAUUGUGUGAACAACUAAGAAAUUGCCCAUUCUAGUGCCAAAGAUCACUUACUGAUUUUGUUCUGUAUAGUUGAUGUAAAACUUUAUGGUAGGGACAGACUCUGUGCUCAGGGCCUUGUCUCUAUAAAGAUUCUGUCAGUUUCAAAUGUUUUGUAAGUUCCAAAUACAAUUUAGAAGAUUC